AAAAAGCUACAAACCCGGCCCAUAAUCAAUUAGUUCAUACGCAAUUUGUUUGCCCUUCGCUCCCUGCUUAACAGAAGCUUGAUAAUAAUGACGGAGGAGCAACGGCGGAGCCGGAAACGGAAAAGGGGGAGACGUCACAAGCAAAAGAAGACCGUCUCCUCCCCAGACGGUGUUACCACAACCACAACUAAGAGUCUACAUACCUCCGCCUCUGAUUCUGCCGCUUCUAAUAAAAGUAACCCCAAAUCCUCUUUUCUGGACAAGAUGAAAGCAAGAUUAUCGGGAGGUCACUUUCGUAUGAUUAAUGAGAAGCUCUAUACUUGCACGUAUGAUUUAUUUCCCUCUUUUCGAUUAAUGUGUGUGUGUUUGCAAUAAGGUAUCUGUCAUAUGUAUCAAUCAAACUAUUUCGUUUACUUUGCUUUUGGGUAAUUUCAAGUUAUAAAUAUGUUUGGUGCUUCCUAGAAUUGUCAAAUACUUAACGGAUUUCCCAGUUCAAGUGUGGUUUCAUAGUGUAACUUCUCUUACUAAAUUAACUAGUUAGCCGAGAUGGGUAAUUUGUUUUUUUUGCCUUCGAAGGUGGGUGUGCCAGAUUCAAAUACUUAGGCUCAAGUUGGAUUCUAUAGGUUCCAACACUAAAUGGGUGUCUUCAACUUAGGUUUUUAUGAAUUUUCCGUUAAAAUCUAGAUGUCCUUAACUUAUAUUUUAAUAAAUUUAAUUGAAAUUUAGGUGUCAUCUACUCAUAUUUUAAUUAGGAUCCAAUAAAACCUAGGUGUUUCCAGUUGCUAGUGGAUUACUAUGAAUUUCGUUAAAUGGAAUGAUUUGAAUAAAUUUUAAUGGAUUUAAU